AUGGAUAAUAACACGGCAAAUUCGGAGAAAUCCCAUCUCAUUCACGAGAAGAAUUCCAAAAUGUAUUCUCUGAAACUAAAAAGCUCUUUCCCAGGCUCCAAGGAGGAGUUUGCCAAGUUUCCUUUCGAGAAUGGGGGUGUGGCCGGGGCCAUUGAGCUGAAGCGGCCUGUUGGCGUCCAUUGCCAUGGUCAUAAGGUGCCGAUGUGUGAGGAGAAUGUGGACAAACUGCUGGCCAAGAGGAAACUCUAUGUCGCUUCAGCUGUCUGCCUCGUCUUCAUGAUCGGAGAGGUCGUAGGAGGUUACCUGGCUCACAGCCUGGCCAUUAUGACAGAUGCAGCCCACCUUUUGACAGAUUUUGGGAGCAUGAUGGUCAGCCUCUUUUCUCUGUGGAUCUCAUCCAGACCUCCCACUAAAACUAUGAACUUCGGCUGGCACAGAUCAGAAAUCCUCGGGGCACUUGUCUCGGUGAUGUCCAUCUGGAUUGUGACGGGAGCUCUGGUUUACUUGGCCAUAGAGAGGAUUGUACGUAAUGAUUAUGAGAUUGAUGGUCAUGUGAUGCUGAUCACCUCUGGUUGUGCUGUCAUUGUCAACAUCAUUAUGGCCUAUAUCCUUCACCACUCCACCACUUUCCAUGCGCAUGGAGCGGGCUAUCACCACUUGGAGGAGAACAGUCAGAGUCCUGUGGCACAUGGCCACACCCACACGCUCCUCGGCAGCCACGGCAACACCAGCGUGCGCGCGGCGUUCAUCCACGUGCUGGGAGACCUGCUGCAGAGUGUGGGAGUCAUGGUGGCUGCAGCCAUCAUUUACUUCCGGCCUGAAUAUAAAGUAGCAGAUCCAAUUUGUACCUUCCUCUUCUCUGUCUUUGUGCUCUGCACCACCUUGACCAUCCUCCGAGAUGUCUUCAGGAUACUCAUGGAAGGUGCCCCGAAGGGGAUCGAGUUUAAUUCAGUAAAGGAGGUGCUGCUUUCUCUUGCGGCUGUGAAAGCCACGCAUUGUCUACACCUCUGGGCCCUUACUGCAGGCCAGUCACUCAUCUCCGUUCACCUGGCUGUCGAGGAGAACGCCGACCCCCAUGUGGUCCUGAAAGAGGCCACAGAGCUCCUCCAGACCAAGUUUGGUUUUCACGGCGUAACCAUCCAGGUGGAGCCGUACUGUGAUGACAUGGCCUACUGCACCCGCUGCCAGGACCCCGUGGACUGA